AUGGAGUACGAACGAGCGUAUGACGAGAAGGAGUACGGUCGGUCCUUGGAGAUACUGUUACCGUUGUUGUCUAAUGACGGCUUCGGGACAUCGGUCGGCGAUGGUUUGAGUCGCGACGUAAGUGAAGUAGUGUUGCUAUCCGCUUUGGCUAGCAUGAUAGAGGUCAGACGACAUGACCAGUACAGCGUAGUAGAUAUUUGGAAUGAUGGAAGCGGGAAGAUGCCAGCAGCGGCAACCAGGAGUCAGUGCUCGCUGCUUAAUAGAGCUGAGGAAUUGGUUAGACCCCUUCUGCUCAAGCACCUGGGAGAUGUUUGCCCCGAGAUUUUGCACAACGCAUAUAUUUACUUCAGUGAUGACGAUUUGCUGCGCCCGCGCUUGGAGAGGGCGCUGAAUCUAUCACGCAUCGUCGAACACAUCGACACCUGCUACUUGGGCCAGAAACCAAAACUAAACACAGGCUCUGCCGCGUCGCAGGCAUCUGUUAUGCCAUCGCAACCUUGUGAUAUGGGAAAUACUGCAGGGCCCGCCGGCACAGCUGGAAGCGCAGGAGUUGUGACCAAGUCCUCAGUUGAAGCCCAACCACCGAGUACCAGUAUGGGAGGUACCAGUAUGGGAGGUACUAGUAUGGGAGGUACCGGUAUUGGAGGUACCGGUAUUGGAGGAAGUAAGAACUCCAGCGUCGGAAGCAAAAGCUCGAACAUCGGGAAGAGUGUCAGCGCCGGAGGAAAAGGGCGGAACAAAAAGCCACAGCAGAGCUCGGCCUUGAGGCGGAAACCGCCGGUGGCUUUGCUGCCAUACCGCGCGUUACAGGUAACCACAGACGACUUCUACCUGUACAUCACCUACCUGUGGUCGCAUCCGGAGAUUGCGCGAAAUAGAUUGGUCCUUCUGCACAGCAAACUCUCCCGAGAAGUCGAGCAGGCUUCCGAUGCCGAUUUUGUAGGCCUUGUGGCCCACGUAAGAAGGUGCCUCGCAUUUGCACAACUCAGUGAGGACACCAACAAGAGAAAGGACCACCCAGUGGUCCCCUUAACCCUUGGUAGCACCAUGCCCCUCCUUGGAGGAGACCCGGCUCAGGGAACCUCAUCAACUCAAGGAGCGUCAUACUCUGCAGUUCACGGAACGUCGGCGGUCCACGGAACGUCAGCAGUUCAAGGUGUAGAGACUUCCGCACAGAAAGGUGCCCGGCGUCCUGCCAAAGGCGCCUCCAACAGCAAUGGUCGAACGCAACAACCGAGAAACCCACAGUUCCCCACCCAACAGAAGGACAGACCGCCUCCCGAGGAUGAAAAGGCGGCAGUCCUAGCCGAGAACAAGGCUGCAGCCGACUUCCAGUUGGUCCAAAGCCUUUUGGGCUGCGCUCUUCCGAUGCAGCUUUGCAUUGCAUGUCCCCACCCGAGCCUGUUGCAAAAGUUGAACAGUCACUUUGAUCGAUUAGUGCUGAGGUAUCGACAGGAUCCGACAGGCGUGGCUGCUGCUCUGGAAACGUCACGCCGGAAAGCGCUGGGGCCCUAUCCAGCGGAACUUGGUAACAUGCAGCUGGCGGUUGACCGGUACCUAAAUUGUACUACUGUCCGGUCCGCCGUUCAGUUGGCGAACGCACUUAGGAAAUUGGGCAGCAGCCGAAAAGAUGUAAAACCCGAGCUGCUGCGCACUUUAUUGAAAGCAUUGUGUGAGCUGUCGUGCCACAACCAUCACGUGAUGGAUGCAUUGCCAUUGUCCAUGGUAUUGGACUACGUCAAAGAUGAUACACUGCUGCUUCGCACCAUCCACCGAGCACUUGGACGAGGUUCUCCCGCCCUGAAGCAGUGGUAUGAGAUUCUUUCUAACCGCCACGACGAGAAAAGUCGGGAACUGCGAGAGCUAGUUGCCGCAGGACUAGGUAAACCAACAAUCGAGACGGACUCCACACCAGUAGUCAAGGAUUACCAAAGAUUGACUCCUGAUCAAUUUGCGGAUCAAUACGAACUCCAGUUGCCGGAUGAGAUUUUCCUCAUCGAUGCUGAGCGCCUCUGCACAGAGCUUAACGCCAGCAACCUGUUGAGGCAACGACGACUUCGUUUUUAUGAUUAA